AUGAGAAAUACGGCGAGACCCAAUAGACUCGGAACAAUGAAUCGAGCGAAAUUGGCAAGUGUAUCCAAGGCAACGAAAUUAUUUGCCAGUUUCUAUAUGGGGCUCGGACGAGGCAGCGUCGAGGAAACGUGGGAAGCAUACACUCAAUUACGACAUUCAAACAUCAAACUUACUCGGACAAAAUUUAGACACGUAAUACAGUUAAUUGUUGAGCAACCAACUCGAUCAAGAAAGUUUCUCAAUUAUCUAUUAGACAUUUAUGCAGACAUGAAAUCUCACCGAAUUCCUCUUCUCAAGCGCGACUAUAACUGCAUUCUCUCCUUUACGACAAGCUUCUAUCCGCACUUGACUUUUUUUGACGUCAAGAUUGUCAUGGCUGUUCUUCAACUGAUGGAUAGCGCAAAGGUCACGCCCGACCGUGUAUCGCACAAUAUCCUAGUCGAUAUCGCAGCUCAUAUACCUCCGCCAGCAGCCGAGUUUUUGGCAGAGAGACUGCCACCCGGAUUAAAACCCAAUAUUAAAAUGCUUACUUCGAUUACACAUGCUUAUGCGAUGAAAAACGAUCUGGCUGGAGUUGUAAAGAUGGUAGAGACAAUCAUGAACGAGAAAAUGAGUAUUAAUGUUUAUUUAUUGAAUACUGUCAUGUGGGCUUUCGUGAGAGUGGAUAACAUCGAGUCGGGCAUUACGAUUUAUAGAGCAAUGAUUAAUGAUGAAGUGGGAAAGGCAAAGAGGAGAAGAAAUAACAAGUUCACGCCUACUUUGCCUACAUUCCAUAUCCUCUUGUCUGCAUGCCUCGAGCAACAGAAUUGGAAGUUGGGGAUGUUGAUCUAUCGAGACAUGAAGUCGCUCGAUGUGGAGCCGGACAUCCAGUUGUUUAAUAUUAUACUUAAGCAUGUAGUCAAGGCUUUGUAUCUUGCCGAUAGCGUGAAUUUAAAAAAUAAUCAAGCACGGCGAGAAAAAUAUAAAUCGGAAAAGAACCCACGGAUUUACCAGAAACAAGCAUUAAAAAAAGACAUACGACUCUUGUUUGACUAUUUUGUGAAUGAAAUAAAACAUUACAAGAACAUUAAACCAGAUUGGAAGACACAUAACCUAAGACUGCAGACACAUUUAUUAUUAGCAGAGAUAGACGAGGCCAAGGGCGUUCAACGUGUUAUGGAAAGCGCAUCAAUGCCCAUAGACAUUUAUAAUACCUGGUUAUUGCGACAAUUAAAAAUAAAUACUCGAAAGCAAUAA